GCGCCCUGAGGUGGCGGCCAUCUUGGCGGUGGAGCGAUGAGCGGGUCGAACCCGAAGGCUACGACCGCGGGGUCCCAGGCUGGGCCCGGCGGGUUGGUGGCUGGCAAGGAGGAGAAGAAGAAGGCGGGCGGCGGCGUCCUGAACCGGCUUAAGGCGCGGCGGCAGGGGCCGCCACACACGUCGGACGACGGCCCGGGGACCGCGGUCACGGAGCAAGAGCUGCUGGCACUGGACACGAUCCGCCCUGAGCACGUCCUACGCCUCAACCGGGUCACCGAGAAUUAUUUAUGUAAACCCGAGGACAAUGUCUACAGUAUUGACUUUACCCGCUUCAAAAUCCGAGAUCUGGAGACGGGGACGGUGCUCUUUGAGAUUGCCAAACCUUGCAUCUCAGACCAAGACCAGGACACAGAGGAGGAGAGUGUGGACGUAGACAUCAGCGUGGGGCGUUUCGUCCGCUAUCAAUUCACGCCAGCGUUCCUCCGCCUGCGGACCGUCGGUGCCACGGUAGAGUUCACCGUGGGCGACAGGCCGGUGACAGGCUUCCGGAUGAUCGAGCGGCACUACUUCCGGGAGCGGCUGCUGAAGACCUUUGACUUUGAUUUCGGCUUCUGCAUCCCUAGCAGCAGGAACACGUGUGAGCACAUCUACGAGUUCCCGCAGCUCUCGGAGGAUGUCAUCCGUCUGAUGAUCGAGAACCCCUAUGAGACGCGCUCCGACAGCUUCUACUUUGUGGACAACAAGCUGAUCAUGCACAACAAGGCCGACUAUGCCUAUAACGGAGGCCAGUAAGCGCUGCACAGUGGACGGGAGGUCCUCUGCCGCCACCACGAGGCUCACGGCGGAACUGCAGCUGCUGCCCGUCAACACCCACCUUGAACCUGGUCCAGGAGGCUGCAUCUGGGGCGGUGAUGGUUUGUGCUCCGAGGAGGUGCCAGGCGGCAGUUUCUCUUCCCAGUGUUUGCUCCCUGCCCCUGGUUCACAGAGGUUUACAGUGAGGGAAAGAUUAGGGUAAGGUUCCCGGAUCCAGAUAAAAGCUUAUUUCUGUGUA